AUGGGGUGGCACAAAAUUUUGGUGGCGACGUUAAUUUUAUUCUCUUUUUACCUUUUUUCUAAUGCUGUUGAGGUUACUUACGAUGGAAGAGCUCUCAAGAUCGAUGGUGAAAGAAAACUUAUAAUUUCUGGCGCCAUUCAUUAUCCUCGCAGUACUCCUGAGAUGUGGCCAUCAUUGAUGAAGAAAGCCAAAGAGGGAGGUCUUAAUGCAAUUGAAACAUACGUGUUUUGGAAUGCCCACGAGCCUCUAUAUCGACAGUAUGACUUUGAAGGGAGUUUAGACCUCGUGAAGUAUCUCCAGACAAUUCAAGAUGCAGGGCUUUAUGCAAUUCUCAGAAUUGGACCAUAUGUUUGUGCAGAAUGGAACUAUGGAGGGCUUCCAGUUUGGUUAAAAAGCAUACCUAACAUGGUCUUCAGGACUAAAAAUGAUGCCUACAUGAAUGAAAUGAAAAUUUUCACUACAAUGAUCGUCGACAAGAUGAAAGAUGAAAAUCUUUUUGCUAAUCAAGGAGGACCAAUUAUAAUUUCUCAGAUAGAAAAUGAAUAUGGAAAUGUUAUCGGUAAAUAUGGAGCGGACGGAAAAUCAUACGUGAAUUGGUGUGCUAACUUUGCCGAGUCUCUGAACGUUGGUGUCCCUUGGAUCAUGUGUCAAGAGGAUGAUGCUCCAUCACCAAUGAUUAACACUUGUAACGGGUAUUAUUGCGAUCAAUUUACUCCUAACAAUAAUAAUGUUCCAAAGAUCUGGACUGAGAAUUGGACUGGCUGGUACAAGGGCUGGGGUGACAAAAAUCCUCAUAGAACUGCAGAAGAUGUUGCUUUUGCAGUUGGCCGGUUUUAUCAAUAUGGUGGCACAGUGCAGAACUAUUAUAUGUAUCAUGGUGGUACUAAUUUUGGCCGAGUAUCCGGGGGACCAUAUAUUGCAACAACAUAUGAUUAUGAUGCACCCCUCAAUGAAUAUGGUGAACCGAACCAGCCCAAAUAUGGACAUCUUAAGGAGCUACAUUCCCAUCUCAUGUCGAUAGAGAAGAUUUUAACUUACGGUAACGUGACAAACAAAGAUUACGGAAAUAUGAUGUCUCAUACAAUCUAUAAUUACGAUGGGACAAGGGUAUGUUUUUUUGGCAAUGCAAAUCAGAAUGAUGCUAUAACAAUCAACUUUGAAGGCACAAACUAUACUGUUCCAGCUUGGUCUGUCAGCAUUCUUCCCGACUGUAAAACUGAAGUUUACAACACGGCUCGGGUUAGUACUCAAACAUCUGUAAUGGUGAAGAAACUCCCUGAUGAAGCACAAGAAAAAAGUCAUUAUAAUUUGGAAUGGUCUUGGAGAGUUGAGAAAUUUGAGCACCUCAAAGCCCACCCUUUAAAGGGUGUUACUUCUGCUAAUCAACUCCUUGAUCAGAAACUUGUUACAAAUGAUACCAGUGAUUACUUAUGGUACAUGACAAGUUUUGAGAUUGAUGAAGAUGAUCCCGUCUGCUGCGAAGAUAUCAAUUUACAAGUUCAGAACAGUGGCCAUAUCCUUCAUGCAUUUGUCAAUGGCAAGCAUAUAGGAACUAAAUAUGCACAGGGUGGGAGUUACAGUUUUUGGUUUGAGAGAGCUGCUACGAUAAAGAAGGGGAUAAACCAAAUUUCUUUGCUCAGUGUCACAGUUGGACUGCAAAAUUAUGGUGACCAUUAUGACAAUACACAAAAUGGAAUCAUUGGUCCGGUUAAAAUAAUUGCGCCGAACAGUCAAGAGAAGGACUUAACGAACAAUAGAUGGGCCUUCAAGGUAGGAUUGACUGGUUUUGAACGAGAACUUUUCAGUGAAAAUGGGAAGAAAAGAAAGUGGCAUCCUAAUAUUCCCCUCAACAGGAAGUUUGUUUGGUACAAGACAACCUUCAGAACUCCAAGGGGUGAAGAACCUGUUGUUCUAGACUUGUGGGGACUUGGAAAAGGAACUGCUUGGGUGAAUGGACAUGAUAUUGGCCGAUAUUGGCCCAGCAUUAUUGCUGAUAAUAAUGGCUGUUCUACAUCUUGUGACUAUCGUGGAUCGUAUUACAGUAGUAAAUGCACGACUGGCUGUGGACAACCUACACAAAGAUGGUACCAUGUCCCACGUUCCUUCUUACGUAACGAAGAGAACGAUUUGGUUCUUUUUGAAGAGUUCGGGGGGGAUCCUAGGAAUGUAAGUGUUAAUACUGUAACAGUUGGCCAAGCUAUUGGCCAUGCUUAUGAAGGGAAUUGCUUGAACUUGUCAUGUAAUGGUGGUCGAGUUAUAUCCGAUAUCAAAUUUGCUAGCUUCGGUGAUCCAAGAAAAGUUUAUGGAAUUCUUAGGAAAGGAAGCUGCCAUUCUCCCAAAAGCUUAUCAAUGGUGGAACGUGCAUGUGUUGGCAAAGAAAGUUGCUCAAUUGAUGUAUCUGAACAAACUUUUGGACCUAGUGGCUGCAGAUCAUCAGUGAAAAGGAAAAGGCUAGCUGUUGAAGCUGUUUGUUAG